CAUCGAUAAUAUCGAUGGUGCCAUCGAUGGUUUUCCCAGCUCUAAUACACACACAACAACUUUUUCAAAAAGGUCCCCAGUCAACGACAACGCGGAGCAAGCCAAAAGCAGAAAAGAAAAAACGAGCCAAUCAUGUCCGGAAUAAUGCGUGUGCCAUCGAUUUUGGCCAAAAAUGCAGUUGCCUCUAUGCACCGAGUCGCUGCUGUGGCCAGCCAACGAAGCUAUCACAUAACACAUGGUCGUCAUCAGGCAACGGCUGCUAAUCCGGACAAAAUCUCCAAGCAAUAUCCCAUUGUCGAUCAUAGUUUCGAUGCGAUUGUUGUUGGUGCUGGUGGAGCUGGUCUGCGGGCUGCCUUCGGUCUGGUUGCCGAAGGAUUCAAGACAGCUGUCAUUACCAAAUUGUUUCCAACACGUUCACACACCAUUGCGGCGCAGGGUGGCAUCAAUGCUGCCUUGGGUAACAUGGAGGAGGAUGAUUGGAAGUGGCAUAUGUAUGAUACGGUCAAGGGUUCCGAUUGGCUGGGCGAUCAGGAUGCCAUUCAUUAUAUGACACGCGAGGCACCCAAGGCGGUAAUUGAGUUGGAGAACUAUGGCAUGCCCUUUUCCCGCACCCAGGAUGGCAAGAUCUAUCAGCGUGCCUUCGGUGGUCAGAGUCUGAAGUUCGGCAAGGGCGGACAGGCGCAUCGUUGUUGUGCUGUGGCCGAUCGUACAGGUCACUCCCUGCUGCACACUCUGUAUGGUCAAUCGCUGAGCUAUGACUGCAAUUACUUUGUGGAAUACUUUGCCCUUGACCUGAUCUUUGAGGAUGGCGAAUGCCGUGGUGUGUUGGCUUUGAACUUGGAGGAUGGCACACUGCAUCGUUUCCGGGCACAGAACACUGUGAUGGCCACUGGUGGCUAUGGACGUGCCUUUUUCUCGUGUACCUCGGCUCAUACCUGCACUGGUGACGGCACUGCUAUGGUGGCUCGUCAGGGUCUCCCAUCACAGGAUUUGGAAUUCGUGCAGUUCCAUCCCACUGGCAUCUAUGGUGCUGGCUGCCUCAUCACUGAGGGAUGCCGCGGAGAGGGUGGCUACCUCAUCAAUUCGAAGGGUGAACGUUUCAUGGAACGUUAUGCUCCAGUCGCCAAGGAUCUGGCCUCCCGCGACGUUGUCUCACGCUCAAUGACCAUCGAAAUUAUGGAGGGUCGCGGUGUGGGUCCCGAGAAGGAUCAUGUGUACCUGCAAUUGCAUCACUUGCCACCCAAACAAUUGGCCGAACGUCUGCCUGGUAUCUCGGAGACGGCAAUGAUCUUUGCCGGCGUCGACGUGACACGUGAACCCAUCCCCGUUCUGCCCACGGUCCAUUACAAUAUGGGUGGAAUACCCACUAACUACCGUGGCCAGGUCAUUACCAUAGACAAGGAUGGCAAGGAUGUGAUUGUUCCCGGACUGUAUGCUGCCGGUGAGGCAGCCUCCAGCUCAGUGCAUGGUGCUAAUCGUUUGGGAGCUAAUUCCUUGCUCGAUCUGGUUGUCUUUGGGCGUGCUUGUGCCAAGACCAUUGCUGAGGAAAACAAACCCGGUGCUCCCGCUCCCAAGCUUAAGGAUAAUGCUGGUGAGGCUUCUGUGGCCAACUUGGAUAAGCUGCGUCACGCCAACGGUCAAAUUACCACCGCCGAUCUGCGCCUGAAGAUGCAAAAGACCAUGCAGGGUCAUGCUGCUGUCUUCCGUGAUGGCCCAAUUCUGCAGAAGGGCGUGGCCAAGAUGCAAGAGGUUUACAAGGAGUUCAAGGAUGUCAAAGUGGUCGACAAAUCUCUUAUCUGGAAUUCGGAUUUGGUGGAGACGCUGGAACUGCAAAAUCUGCUUGCCAAUGCCCAGAUGACCAUUGUGGGAGCCGAAGCACGCAAAGAGUCACGUGGUGCUCAUGCUCGUGAAGAUUUUAAGACCCGUAUCGAUGAAUAUGAUUACAGCAAACCUCUUGAGGGUCAGGAGAAAGUGCCAGUUGAGAAGCAUUGGCGCAAGCACACACUUUCCUGGGUCUGCAAUGACAAUGGCGAUGUUCAGUUGGACUACAGAAAUGUGAUUGAUACCACACUGGAUAACGAAGUGUCGACUGUGCCGCCAGCAAUUCGCUCCUACUAAAUGGGAGGGCUAAGAAUCAUAAAACCCCAACGCAUCCAAACCACUCACAAAAAACAAUGCCAGUCUACUUAAAGGAGGUUUUGGAGUUAACGGAGUUAUCUUAAAGCUUAAACCUUCUUCUUCACAUAUAUAUCCUCUAUAUAUAUAUACAUAUAUAUUAUUUGAAA